AUGGCAGCCAUAUAUUUCAGAGACUUGCUCUCCCAAGCCUCAAUCACGCAAGUCGUACUUCUUGGAUCGGCCUUAUUUGUUCUGUCAUACAACAUUUUCUAUGUAAUCUAUAACCUCUAUUUCCAUCCCCUGGCCGACGUCCCCGGUCCAAAGUUGUGGGCAAUUUCCAGAAUUCCCUAUAACAUUCAUACUCUCCGAGGCACAGCAGCAGUCAAUUUUCUCGAACUCCACAAAAAAUAUGGACAAACCGUUCGCUACUGUCCCAAUGGUAUCGUGUACUCCAAUUACGGGGCAUGGGAUGAAAUUUACGGCCCGUACAAACAUGGGCAAAAUACCAACGCGAUCAACGCGAUCAACGGCGAGCACCGUCGGCUCAAAAUGCGCUUCAUGCGUGCUCUCUCUGCCAAAGCCGUUUCAGCUCAAGAGCCGCUAAUCUUGAACUAUGCACAAAAGCUCAUCGCCGGUAUGAAUCGUGAGCUUCUGAGUCCCUCCCAUGAAGGGAUGAUCAACGUGGCGGAAUGGUUGUCUAUGGCAACAUUCGACGUCAUUGGAGACUUGGCUUUCUCUAAAUCCUUUGGUUGUUUGGAGACCGGGACACUUCAUCCAUGGAUCAAAGUUGUGUUUGGUGCUUUCAAGGCAUUGCCUUGUUUAAGAGUCGUCAGAGAAAUUCCAGGAGUGCCUUACAUAGGUUUGAAAGCAUUGUAUUUACUGCCCAGAACUAUCAAGCAGAAGUGGUUGGACCACUUUCAUUAUGGAGCGGAUUUGAUCGAUAAGAGGAUCGCGAGCGGGGAGGAUAGACCGGAUAUGGCUCAUUAUUUGACGUCCAAUGAGGGAUUGCCGCUGACGUUGAAUGAGAUCAAAGAGAAUGCUGUACAGUUGCUCACUGCUGGGAGCGAGCCCACAGCAACCUUCUCAGCAGGCGUUUUCUACUUUCUGACUAAGAACCCGCCCGUCUAUGAAAGGCUCAAGACCGAGAUCCGAUCUGCUUUCACUUAUCAAGAUGACAUUACUCUGGCAAAGCUUGCUCAACUGGACUACCUCAACCGUGUGGUCCGCGAAGGACUUCGUGUGUUCCCACCCGCUGCAGACAUAUUCCCUCGCAUUAUUCCCGAGGGGGGAGAAGUCAUAAUGGGAAAAUACCUCCCGGAAGGUACACAUGUCUCCAUUGGUGCAUAUGCAAUCUCUCGUGACGAACGCAAUUUCCCCGACCCCGAUAUCUUUGAUCCCGAGCGCUGGCUUCCCGAACAUAUAGCAACAGACGCUCGUAUGAAAGCCUCUCAGCCGUUUGGACAAGGUCACCGGUCGUGUAUCGGAAAGAUCCUAGCACACGCGGAAGUGCGCCUCCUAGUCUCCUCACUGAUCCUCAACUAUGAUUUCGAGUUGCUUACGGUAGAUCAAAAUUGGAUCUCGGGAUGCAAAGUAUACAUUGGAUGGGAAAAGAUUCCACUCCGAUUUCAGACCACAGCUUCAUCGCAGAACCAAUUGAGAACGUCGGUGGAGAAGCAUGUUGUCGCUUUCGGGGAUUUCAAGAGAGAGACGAGUAUCGAGAGGUAAUAUUGAAGACUGUCAGUGUUAAUUGUUGGCCAUGAGUUUGAGGAUGAAGCACGAUUCGGCAUGCGUGAAAACCGAAAUAUUCC